AAAUGUUCUAUUCCCAUCUCUCGGCCUCUCGCCCUCUCGCCCCCCAUCCUCAACGAAACCGCGCAGCAUUGCAACUCAUUAGGGUUUCCUGGAAAAACACCGUAAUACAAGAAACACCUGGGGAGGGCUUUGGGGUCUUUGUAAGUAGCAACAAUGGUGGCGGUGAAGAAGACGAAGAAAACUCAUGAGAGUAUCAACAACAGGCUCGCUCUCGUGAUGAAGAGCGGGAAGUACACCCUUGGUUACAAAACGGUCCUUCGAACCCUGAGAAGUUCGAAAGCAAAACUGAUUAUUAUUUCAAACAAUUGCCCGCCUCUGCGGAAAUCCGAGAUUGAGUACUAUGCAAUGCUUGCAAAGGUUGGCGUCCAUCAUUUUAACGGAAACAAUGUUGACUUGGGCACAGCAUGUGGAAAAUAUUACCGUGUAUCAUCCCUUAGCAUUAUUGACCCAGGUGAUUCUGAUAUCAUUAAAACACUGCCUGGCGAGCAGUGAAGAGAGAUGGUUAUGGUUGCUGUUCUUUUGAUAUCCAACCGAGUAGGAUAUAUUUGUUUAGAGUACUUUUGAGUCAUAAUUUUUGUUGUUGAUGUGCGGUCUCCCUCCCAUGUUCGGAAAUUAUUUACUUUAAUUAAUGAGUAUGGCAAGAUUGAGUAUCACUAGUUCUAACUAGUGGUUUUGGAAAUAUAUCUUAAGCUGCCUUGCGCUAUGUGAAGGCACUAAAGUAGUCUUGUAUUUCAGAAUAGUUAUGGACUUGGUUUUGGCUGCCAA